AUGGUGACACUGGACAACUUCCCCGCGACACCCCUUGACAAACAAACAAAACAGAGACUUGGAUUUCCCGACAUAUCAUUGGAUGCCGAAGACGAUUCGGAACAAGACGCCCUCAUCAAUCAAGCUCUCAUAAGUGCUGUGCACGCAUUCUCGGCUCGAUGGCUUCCAACCGGAUAUUUCGGUAAGGGCGCUGAAACCAAUCCGCAAGAGUCGAAUGCGAUGAAGGAGUAUUUUGUGGAGAGUAUUUGGUCACGAGCGCAUCAGGAUGUGGCUCGCGUACUUACCAGGCCCAGCUAUCGGUCGAUUCUUGCUCUGUAUCUCUUCGGCACUACGCCGUUCUCGUCCAAAAACAAGGACAAGCGGAUAUCUGAUUAUUGUUUCGAGAGUGCACUCCGCCACUAUGUCCAUCUGAGAGCAAAAGUCUCCAUUGCCACGAGAUUCCCUUUGACAGCGCGCCAACAGCCAUAUGACCCAACGGACAAUGCACCCGCUGAGACCAAGGCCCAAGAAGAAUAUAUCCACUUGCAGGACACGGCCUAUUGGUUUGGAAUCGUAAUCGAUGGUUCUCGGGCGCUGACAAGAUGCCGACCUUCGGUCUUACUCCCUGGAUUUUGCGGCGAGCCGCAAGUGUGGGAACCCGUGAGAAAGCAAUCUGAGGCCUUUGACACAAUUUAUCGACCCAUGCAGUCAUCGAAGGCGAUUUUGACCGAUGAGGCCGUCUUUGCCAUGAUCCAGUACGGAUCCUCAUGCAAGACUCUUUUCUGGAAGGUGGUCUCCCGAGUCCAGGAUUGUCUUGUCUAUCGCUCUAUCGAGCUUCAGCUGGAAACCCUGACGGAGAGUGUAGUGCAAGAGAUGAGCCGCUUCGAACGUGUUUUUGGGCCCUUUCUCGAUAAAUGCGCAAGGGACCACGUUUUCCUGUCGGAAAAGUCGCGCAUCAGCUACCUGAUCCUGAGCCUGCAUUUUCACCUGGGUGUGCUUAUUCUGGUUGACACCUUGGAGGCACAGUCAGGUGUGCAGGUUCCCAGUCAGCACAUUGACAUUGGCGAGUGUAGGCUCUCAUCUACACGCACGGUUGUGAGCAUCAUCAAUAUGAUGUUGCUGCCACCCGAAUCCUACAACAGCGAUGACGGCGCCAAUCUCAUUUUCAAAGACCCAUAUCCGGAGCACACAAGAAACGCGCUGACGAGAGCAGCAUACUCCGUCCUAACUUUGUUCAGAACCAUGUCGGUGUCCAGGCACGCCGCGGAGAUCAUGGCCUCCUCCUUGUUCACCGGCCUCGAGGUCCUGACCCAAGUUUCAUACACCGCAGCCGAAUCCCUCGACGGUCUGCACCGAGCCUAUUCCGAAACCGACUUGGUCGUCAGACACCGACGGGCGGACACCUCAGCCCAUCUGACAGCGCCACUUUCUUCUCCGUGUGGCAACCCGGUUUCUCACGAGAUGUUCGAAGAGGAAACCGUCAGGCAGCUCGACCUUGCAGGGGACGAUCCGUCCUUGGUCAAAAAGACCAUCGAGCGCCAUGAGAAUCACCACCGUCCUGCUUCCGACGACUUUGCCUGGUUUGAUCUGUCCGAGAUCGAUUUUACUUCCACUAUGCAAGAUUGGGCAUUUGAGGUAUGUGAAGGGUUCCCAUAG